CCCGUGACCCGGAAGUGAAGGCGGUUGAGGCCGCGCGCCAUUGGGCGGCGCUGGCGGGCGGGGAGGCUGUAGGUGAUCAGAUGGCAGGUGCACCAGGGGUAGUUCUGAAAUCCACCGAAGAUAUUUCAGGCAGCGCUCCCCAGUGCAUUGCAGGCUGCAUGUACCAAGUAGUUCAGACGAGUGGCCUGGAUGGAAAAAAUCUUCUGAAAUUGCUUCCAAUCUCCAACUCUCCUGGAAACCCUAUGCCACUAGUCUCCUCUUCAGUCACGACUGACUCCUCCAAAGCGAACCUGGCAAGCCCAGUUCAUGUAACUUUUCAGACCCAGCUCAACAGCCUGUCCACCGGUCCAUCAAUCCAGUUCCCCGUCUUCCAGCCCGUCACUGCUGGAAAGUAUAUUCUCACGAGAACCUUGGACCCUCCAGAAAACGUGAGAACGACCUCGGCGGAGAGCAAGAGUUUGCCUUCAAAGGUGGCGGCGGCGGCUAAUGCCCCGACUCCUCCUGGGGCAGCCGACAGACUCUCUUUACCGCAGAACGCCAUCGUCUCUCCCCCGUCCACUCAGGGCGACACCACGUACAUGUUGGUCAACCCCAAGAAUCUCCCCGUAAUGGUGAAGUCCCCCGGGUUGCCCUCCGGACACCAUUUACAGAUCCCGGCGCACGCCGAAGUUAAAUCGGUCCCGGCUUCUUCUCUGCCCCCGGCCAUCCAGCAGAAGAUCCUCGCGGCAGCCGCGCCCGGACCGUCGGGCUCCACCGAGGCCGCUAAAACUCCCACCGUCAUUUACGUGUCCCCGGUCAAUACCGUGAAAACGGUGGUCUCCAAGUGCUGGCAGGCCAUCUGUCCCAAGCCAUCCCCACCGGAAGCGUCGAAGGCCGUGAUCCUGACCGGGCCUCCGACCCCGGCCAAGGGUGCCGCUCCGGAUGUCGGGGCCAAAGCGAGCCCACCGGCUCAGGGCACGCCGAUGAAGUGGGUGGUGCAAAGAAACCCCCAGUGCUCCUCCCCCUGUCUCGUCCCGGUCAAGUCUUCCAACAACGUGGCCUCCAAGAUCUUAAAAACUCUGGCAGACAUGAAGAACGUGCAGAGUACUUCUGCUGGCAUUUUACCGUUGUGUUCAGGCGGGUCUGCCGGGAGCCAGUCGAAAAUCACCCCCAUUAAGGAUAAUGCUUUGGUCAUGUUCAAUGGAAAGGUGUAUCUCCUGGCUAAACGAGGGUCGGAAGUUCUGGUGCCUCAGGUUGAACCACAGAGCCCCCCCUCCUCUUCCUCCUCCCCGUCCUCCUCUUCAGACAUUAUGUCACGCAAGGACCCACCACAAUUAGCAGAUUCUAGUGUAUCAAAAAUAACCAGUGAAGUGGUCAACAUCGUCUUGGCCAAAAGGAAUAAUAGCCUGGCCACUCCCCAGAAAGACACAAAGGAAGGUGGCGAGGGACAGCUUGAUUCUGAAUCAGCCACCGAGAAGAAACCGAGAGCGGGAAGUACGUUGCUUUCGACUCCCCGUCCACACAAGGUCAACACACCGAUUGGCCAGGGAGAACAGGGCAAGACCGCAGCUCUGCCCAGAGAGCCGAGCUUACCACGUGGAGUCGGAACGGAUGCGAACGCCAUACUAGAGCGGGACGGUGGCUCUAGCAAGGAGAAAUUCAGUUCCCCUGCCGACCCAGCAACAGUUUCAUCACAUCGUUGCACUUUUACUGAUCAAAAGCCAAAGAUCCAGGGAGCGAUGGCACCUGCCCCAGAAGGGGAGGCUCCAGCCGGAAGGGAGCCCAAAACCUGUCGGAAACAGGAGGCCGAGUUGAGGAAGAAGUUUGGCCUCGUUAGAGACUUGAGAGUGCGGCUGACCAGAAUUCCUGUUUUCCGUGACGCAGAAGAGAGGAAAAGCCCCCCGGGCGGUUUGGAAAACCAUCAUUCCUUCCAAGAGGCGAAGUUCAGAGUGGAGCCAACCGGCGGAAAAGAGGAACCAAACAAGAAGGAAACUGUGGAACAGGACUUAGAUAAGAAAAGAAAAGCCAAAGUUCAAAAGACGACCAGUGCCAAAAGAAGGAAGCCUGGGCCGGAUUGUCCCGUCAGUCCAAACCCACAUGGCAACAGUCCCCGGCCUCAGAGACAGCCCAGUGGUGGAGCUCGUUCGGCCGAGUCACGAGAAGCCGGCCACCCGGUGACCACCAGCCCUGUGCAAGAGACCAGUAGCGAACCAGAGGCCUGUUCCCCAAACAACCUUCCCUCAAGCACGUGGAGUCCAGCCUGCGCAUUGUUUGAACCCGAUCUCCCCAUUUGCCAAGGAGCUUUCACAGAAGACACUUUCCCCUCGACACCACCAGAACUGGACGAGACCAUCAGGGAUGAAAAAAUCAAAAGACUGAAGCAGCUGCUGAGGGAGAGAGAAGCCGCCCUGGAAGAAAUGCGUAAAAAGAUGCAUCAGAAUUGAAAAAAAAAAAGCCGAGAAUUUGACUUGUAACGAGUUCAUGGAAGUGUUUAUUUUUCUUUCAGUGUUUUAUAUAAAUUCUUGAAACAGGUAGGCCUUCAGACAGUCUGUGACCUCCCAAGUCUGCUCUCCCUGGCCCUGGAACUCUAGGCUUCGGUCACUGGCUUGGCGACUGUCUGUGAGGGACCCAGAAAAAACUGACCGGCCUCAGUUGCGGGUUCCGAGCGGCCGAGACCAGUAUGUGUUCUCCAGGCCUGGUCUCCCCUGGAAUCUUUUUGUACAUGAAAGUUUAAUGUGUUUUCUACCCUUUUAAUAAGAACCCUCCAGAGAGUUGGGAGAUGUGUUUCUGUCCUUUGUUCCCCACUUGCUUGGAUAUUCCUUCCAGCAGGUUAGAGAGAAGAUCCGGAUCCAGAGAGAGAGGAUCCGAACUCUGAACUCAGCUCUGCCACAGUGACCUUGGGAAGAACGACCUCACCUCCAGAGGCACCUCCUUCCCGUUCAGUGGAGAAAAUGGUACUUGCUUCCCACCUCACGGAUGUAGCGAGAACUGAGGGAUUUAGUGCCUCAGCUAAGUAGUCAGAGCAAACCCAACAGACUCUUUUGGAAUGUUGGCCCAGAGCAGAUCCUAUGGAAAGCGUAAGUGGGGAAACCAAGUAGAUGGUUUUCACUGUCCCUUGAGGAAACGUUUCUCGGGGUUGUGAGUGGCAGAGAUGAGAGUGAAAGUUCCUGUCGGGAAGCUGGAAAAGAAAAGUGGUCCCAAAAAGCCAGCAGGUAGGGUUCCCUGCAGACACAAGUGAAGUUAAGGCCUCAAGAUGAGAGCGAAAGGGGACACACCUGUAAGAUGAAAUGGGUUGUAAGGUCUGAAAUGUUGAAAGCGUUACCUCGGAAAUGGGCACCUCACCAAGCAAAAGCAGAAUGCGAGGGCCUGCAAAGGGUCCGGCCAGCCAAUCGGCGAGAGGGAAAAUGCCAUUUGAACCCAUAAGGGCAGAAGCUGAAAUCUGGCGGGAGAGAGAAUUUGGGGAUGGAUCUCGGGGCAAAUGGCUCACAUCUGGCUUCCCCGCUCGGGUCCUGGUAAUCGGAAGUUUGGCCACGAAGCAGGCCAGGGACCAACGCCUCAGAGGAGCUUCUGGGUGGGAGACAGGGCCAUGAGCUCGGCUGCUUGUGAGUGCCCAGUGACCAGGUCGGGGCCGUCUUGGAGACAACCAACAGUUGUAAACCUAGGAUGGCUAGAGACACAGCCCAUCUGGAGAAGGUAAUGAAGACUACGCUUCUUUCAGGCUAAGGGAAUCCCAGGAAAUGGGGACACGAGAUAUCCCAGACAGUCCAGCUCUCCUCACCCAGAAGUACAAGUGGAAGAGGGGUGUUAUUUUCUUGAAUAGUUUUCCGGUCACAGUAACUCUAGGUGGCAGAGGAUGGGCAGAGAACUGCUCUCUAUCUCCUCUCCACUGCCAUCUCACCCUCUGACCUUCCCUAGUGAUGCUCCCAACCGCAUCCCUGAUUUGUCCCUGUCCCUGGUCCCUAGUUUCCUACUUGCUUUUUUUUUUUUCCUAUUCCCUGAAUCCAGGAGAGUCAACCUGCAUCUCUCUCUGGAGAACGCUUAAAUGUACCUGUUCACUCUUAAGCUCUCCCCCUCAAUCCAGGUCCACACAGCGUCCCACCUAAAAACCAGUUCUAACAGGAGCUCCCGUUCCCCGUUAUGUUUCUGGGUGGCCAUGACGAUGCGAUGUAUCUUUCUGUGCUACUCUUCUUCUCAAGCAAGAAAUCAGGGAGUUUCCAAUUACUCACCAA